UCCUCACGUGAUCUGGAUUUUAAUGAGUUGGAUGUGGACAAGGUAGAGAUUGAGAUAGCCGAGGAGGCCGACCGUUUGGCCGCAGAGGAACUGGUCUGCCCUGGCAGUCUCCUUCCGCCCUCCUCCUGCGUCGAGUCCUCCAGUCAGGACAAGGAGAAGACCGACGACCACGAAGAGGAGGGGCCCACCAACGCGAAGAUGCUCAUGGAGACCUUCCUCACACAACUGCCUAACUGCGUCAAUCGCGAUCUAAUUGACCGGGUACGUUCUUCAAAUAAAGUCGCAAAGCUAGUAGUCCUGAAGUAUGCUUUCAACUCUGGUUCUGACUAA